AUGAGCAACACAACUGAUAAUAAACAAAAGGAAAAAGAAAAAGUUCCAGUUAAAGAGUUUCUGUCGAGACAUGUUCCUGAACAACUAGCAAAUAGCAAAAAGCUAUGUUACAGACACAGACCUGAUCUCAUUAAACGACGACAGCCUGACAAUUUCGAUUUUGAACAAACACAAAAACAACUAGAAGAACUUCCAACAGAAGAUAAAGCAGCCAUUACACACAUUUGGUCCAUAUUCUCUGCUGCACCUCCAGAUCAGCGCAUCUUGAUCCUUCGAGGUCUUCUUUCGACUUGUUGUAUGCCCCAACUUUCAUUUCUAUACAACGCAAUCAAGCCGUUGGUUCGAAUUGAUUUUUUAGCCAUCUUACCUCAUGAGAUAUCACUCAAGAUCUUUUCAUAUCUGGAUGCAAAAUCACUCUGUACCGCCGCUCAAGUAUCUCAGGCAUGGAAGGAGCUGGCGGAUGAUGAAGCGGUGUGGCACCGAAUGUGUGAACAGCACAUUGAUAAGAAAUGUGCCAAGUGUGGCUGGGGUUUACCAUUAUUAAACAAGAAAAAGAAGACGGUACCGAUGAAACGACUAGAACCGAGCGAAGAGCCAUUACGUGUGGCCUGUGGAUCAAGAACAAUAGAAGAUGAUACAAACAAGAAGGUCAAGGUAGACGUAUCAUCCAAAGAAAUAAGUCCACCACAUAUUACAACACCCAUCGUGCGACGAAGACCCUGGAAAGAAGUGUAUUCGGAACGGCUGCGGAUCGAGCGCAACUGGCGCAACAACAAAUAUCAGUCGAGAGUCUUGAAUGGUCAUACGGAUGGAGUGAUGUGUGUUCAGUUUUGUGAUAGCAGUAAUAUUGUCAUGACAGGAUCCUACGACAAGACGGUCCGUAUCUGGAAUCUAGAAACAUGUGAACUCUUACGAACUCUCACCGGGCACACACGAUGCGUACGUGCGCUCCAGUUUGAUGAAGCCAAGCUGAUCACGGCCUCGAUGGACCACACACUCAAGAUUUGGAACUGGCAGACGGGUCAAUGUAUCCGUACGCUCGAGGGUCACACCGGCGGUGUUUUGAGUUUGCAUUUCAAUUCAAGGUUACUGGCAAGCGGAUCGACAGACCACACGAUUCGGGUGUGGAACUUUUUGGCUGGCGAGUGCUGUACCCUGACCGGUCACACCGAGUGGGUCAACUGCGUGCGAUUCUGUCAGGAUGAUCAGCUCCUUGUCUCGGCAGGCGACGAUGCAACAGUACGCAUUUGGGAUCUUCAGACGCGGCAAUGUAUUCGUGUCUUGAAUGGCCAUGUCGGACAGGUGCAGAUUGCAUUGCCCAGUCCCAAGUGCUUCUCUCAUAACUUUGUCGAACAAGAACCACAGAAUGAUUUACCACUCUCACGUGGAAACCCGCAACAACCAGGAUAUAACCCCAUCAUUAUCUCAGGGUCACUUGAUAACACGAUCAAGGUAUGGGACCUGGCCACAGGAAACUGCAUUCGUACCCUCUUUGGUCACGUCGAAGGUGUCUGGAGUUUGGCAUACGAUACGCUCAGGAUUGUCAGUGGGUCUCAUGAUAGUACGAUUCGUGUUUGGGAUUUAAGUAAUGGUCGAUGCAUGCACGCACUCGAAGGUCAUAUUGGACCUGUCACUGCUGUGGCUUUAAGCGAUACCAAGAUCAUCUCGACUUCAGAUGAUGGAGAUGUUAGGAUUUGGGAUUAUGGAGUACCACAUUAA